CGCCCUUCCAUUUAUUGUCUUUUUCUCCUUGACAUGACUGCGCACAUGAGCAGCGACCAUGCCUCAAUGAAACUGAGGCAGCUGCUUGAGCUGCUGGACAAAAAGAACGAAGAGCCUUCCAAUAAUGACCUGGAAACUCGUUUUUUUAACGACAUGCUCGAUUAUCUUUUAAACUACUCGUCCGAUCACUGGUGGUGUUCCCAGAUCGAAUUGCCAAUAGCCCAGGAAUCCAUGUGGCUCUUCUCUCUACCAGAUCAUGCACAUAUUACCAAGUACAAGGAACGAUUAACGCUACAAUUGCGGACAUGUACGCGUUGUCUUCACGAUUACUAUGCUUCAAAACCCAUGUUGCGGAAAAGAUACGAAACCAUGUUUUCACCGGAAAAUGUACAGAGCUUUUUUGACAUUUUAAAUCGGUUUGAUCGUCAUCGCGUAAUGACCAGUUUAAGGCGCAACAUUUAUAUCCAACGCGAAGACACAUCAAAACCACUUUCUUUGUCCGAUAACAUCAUGUGCGCCAUCUUUGACAUUCUCAAUGCGCCUCAUCUCCUGCAUGAAGACGACUGCGACCAACUAUUCUGCAAUUUAUUUGAUAAGAUGCACGAGUCCGCAGUUUUCCCAACGUUCACGGAUGCACCAAACGGAGUCGUGUUACUUGCGUAUCACCACCAUCGCAUCGUUCGACAUUGGGCCAGAAAACUGCUCGACCGAUUUGUCGCGGAUGGCUUCGUAUUAGAAGAACCCGAUAUCAACGUACGACUUACGCCACAAUGGUACGCAAACCCGCCGUCCGAUUUUGUUACAGACACAAUCAAGUUAACCAGCGAUGUCGCUGAACGCAGCAAGGCGUUUCGUGCUACUGUCACUUUGCUCGGUCCUGAUCAGCUAAAGAAGAUCAUGAGCAGCACAACAACGUCGGUGCAACAAUGGAUACACCAACAGUACUCGAAACCUGGCAACAAUAUACAAGAAACGAUCCGGACCAUGACAAUGCUACUCCAAAAGCUUGGCCAAAACUUUUGGGGAGACGAAGUGCUCGACGCAGAUACCCACAGUAACUUUAUAAAGAAUGUAUGCGAGGAUGGAGGGUUCCGAGCAGCAAUGGUAAUUGCUCGAGAAGACAACACCGGCAAAAUAAGACAGCGCGAUGGAACACCAUACCCGGAAGACAAGCUCAUUGCACGGAUUAGAGGAAUGCUGGGCUGGAUAUAUUUUUAUUGGAGUGCGCUGCCGGAUGAAGCCCAAGACCAAACUGCAGGCAUUGUAUUAGACAUGCUCUGGGGUUAUUUUCAGUCAGAUAGCUGGGCUAUCACAUGCAAGGCCUAUUGUGCCGAACUCGGCUUCAAGGUCAUUGAAGAUUCACUUGCACGCGACAAGUGCUCAUACGACAAACUGAACCAAUACGCCUCAAGGGCAGUGUGGUUUGCAUCCAUCCCUUUGACCCGUCUGCCACAGCCAUUUCGAUAUAUACCCGAUCUAGCAGCAAGAGUACUCAUCCAAGUGCUGCGACGAGACGCGCUAGAUCUCCGCGAACGCAUCAUUGCAAUGUCACAAAAUAGCGAGCAAGAUACAUCCGCACGCAUCGAUUGCACAGCCGUAUGGCAGGCCAUCGGUAGCACCUGUGAACAACCCGAUGGUAUCGAGCCACGUCUGAUACACGUAGCAAUCGAGGGAUAUAGGCAACUGGUGAUUGUUGACCUUUCCGUCUCCGACAAAUCACAUCCGUUAUCUACAUCGAACGAAGGCUCACUCAUGAUGGAACAAAUCAAAACGCUUCGGAUGACGCUCGGCAAAAUAAUGACAAAAGCGGUUCACUCGAACACGCACUCUCAACUCAAGCUCUAUGAUGACACAGAAGUAGUUCAAUCUCUACUCGUGCUCACGUGCUCGCCCUACAGCCAUGAAAUUCGGACGCCUGCAAUGCAACUUUUAUCGGUAUCCAACGCCUCAAACGAACUAGAGAGUUUCCGUCAAUUUUUUGAUCGACAGCCUCGACUCGUGCUAGAAGAAUUCGCAGUCAUUUUAGAUGACUUUAACAACCUCGCCAUUCCACUUGUAGCCCUCGACAGUUUCAACCUAGUAGCACCAUUAAAUCUAACAUUGUCUUAUCUUGCACAUGCACUUGUGGGUGACGAGGAGAGCUACAUGAUGCAGCUGGUCAUCAUGGGAGAAUACGGAAGCGAAGAGCACAGGGUGAUCAAGCAGUUCUGGAACACCUGUUGGCGGACGAUGGCCCUGAUUUUCGGGAAUGGCAUGAAAUGGUCGGAAACGCAUAAACCCAAAGAAGUAGUCGACUCCAUCUUGUCCCUCUUGGACACUGCCCAGCUGAUGAUCGGCGCUCGGCAACUGUUUCAGAAAGCAGUAGACAGCUCAACGCCUGUCGAUACCUCAUUUGGUGACGUUCCGCAACUACAAUAUGACCAUGUCAAUGAGGCAAUUGACUCAUUAUCGCAUUGGGUCUAUGUUACACGGUCCGAAGUCAUCCAAAAAUUAGUGCCUUUGGUUUGCUUGACCUUGAAGCAUCUGCAGCAAAUGCAUAUGAAGAUUUCAGUCGACGCUUACUAUCGACUCAUGUCAGCUGCAACCGGGGAAAACGCUACGCGCCUUUCGACGCAGGACAAGGAAGCCUUGUUUGUUGCUUUGAGCGGACAAGAGCCAAGUAACACCAUAUUUAUCGAUGACAGCGAUGAAGAAAUCGAAUGGCAGCUUGUCGAACCACCACAACUCACCUCGCCUCCAAGGCCGUCCCAUUCUUCCUCCUCACACUCAUCAUCAUUGGUAUCAUCGACCACUGCGCCUCCAAAGAUAACGUCUUACUUCUCCAAGGCUGCCACAGAAGAUACGCCGUCGGAUAUAGCAUCAGCAGACGCCUAUGGUGCUGUGGAUGUGCAGGAAAUUGCCCCACCGGAUCCAUCCACUGCUAAUACUGCCGCCCAGGCGAACAACGACGAUGACGAUGACGACGGUUUCAUGGAUGAAUUUGGAGAGCUAGACAUUGCAGCGAUACCCGAUGAAUGGUUUGAAGGAGAUACAUCUGCACCCAUUCCUGUUACCAGCAAUAGCACUACUAGUCGUAGCAGCAACGUCGCCAAGCCUGAUUCUAACACUACUACGGCUGCUGGCAAUAGCACUGGUCGGUCGAGCAAAAAAUCGUCGAUCGCAUCCGCUGUACAAGCACAACAAGCGCAGUUAUGGAGGCAACACGAACAGCGAGCCAAGGAACUGCUUAUUCAACAGCAAGCCGUACAGCGAGCCAAAGAACUGGUUAGCCAACAUCCACGCAAAAAACAACAAGAGCAACGAUCGACGACUUUCAUGCCCAAAAAUCAAAAACCUUCGGUGUAUGCUGUCACGUCGACUGGUCGAAAGCUUAGACCACCACCAACCGGGUUCUCCAAGCUCAAGGCUUUGCGCGAAGAAUUCAGGGCAGAGCGUAAGUUCAUUGCCGCAUCCAAGUCUCCUUCUGCUUCCGCAGCCUCGCGUGGCCGUAAGCGGAACGAUAGCGACUCUUCAUCCGGUUCCGAUUCCUCAGACGAAGACGACACAUCUGGUUUGCAGGACCUUGUUGAUGAUAUUGAUCAUAGCAAGCGCGCUAUUGAAGACGAAAAGGCGGGCAUUAAGGCACUUUUCGAACAGCCGGUCAAACGAUCCAUCAAACUGAUUGAAACUCAAGAAACGCAAGCUUUUCUGGAAAAACGACAGUUGAUCAAACGCGCAGACCAGCGACGCAAAAAGAUAAAGCCCGAUAUUGAAAGAUUCUUCAAAGCUAUCUUAUCGUGGGAUGUCACUGUCAAAUCGGAAAUGCCACCCAACGCGUCUUCGGGCAUGUACAAAAAAGUGUCUGACUCAUUCAACUCGUACCAAGAUUAUUUGACGAAUUUCGAACCGCUGCUGCUGCUUGAAGUCUGGAUGCAACUAUCACGCGCGCGCGAAACGUUAUCGGAGAACGAUGUGAUCGAUCGCUGUAUACUUGACAGUCGUUGUCAUGUGAAUGAUUUUGUCGAUGUGACAUUUGGUGUUCCAGCCGGUUCUGUCAACAGUUUGAUUGUCGAUGACCUUGUCUGUGUGGCUAAUCAUUUUGGUAACGAGUUCUUUCGGAAGGAUGAGCUUAAUUUCAUCAUGAGCGAGCCACUCUCGAAACCGACCGCGUGGAAAGGCCGUUGCUUCCUUGGUAAAGUUACAACCGUAACACAAAAGAAAAGCAUAUCUGAGGUGACUCUUCGUUGCUUUUUCAGUCCGGAACGUAUCAUCUUGUUGAACUCUUUGUCGCCCAAGACAAACUGGCGGAUGCUCAAGCUGAAUAGCAUUGCUACCGCCCAGCGAGAGUAUGCUGCAUUACAAGGACUGGAGCAUUAUGAUUUGGCCCAAGAUAUCCUUAAUCCGAAGCCCUCGCAGAUGCCUUCGUUCACCGAUCAUAUGGUUGACAAGUGUAUUGACAAAUACGGAGUUAAUGAGCCCCAAGCACGAGCCAUUCUUGGUGCUUUGGACAAGAAGCGUGGAUUUACAUUGAUUCAAGGCCCUCCAGGAACAGGUAAAACAAAGACUAUUCUUGGAUUAAUCGUCUCGUUGUUGGACGACCAGCGGGAUCGACGACGUCAGAAGGAGCGUGGUAUUCGAAUAGACACCAAUGGAUCCGAAUACAACGGUGAAAGCAAAAUUCUCGUUUGCGCACCGAGUAAUGCCGCAGUGGACGAAAUUGCUAAACGAUUACAAGAAGGUGUAUUGACCUCCCAUGGCAUAUCCAAACCUAAAGUGGUGCGCAUUGGUACGCCAGAAGCGGCCAAUGUUAGCGUCCGAGAAAUUCUCCUCGAUCGACUCGUAGAAAAGGAACUUGCACCAACCAUUGGAGAUUCCGAGGAGAUCAAGGACUUUGGUACACGACGCGGUCAAUUGAGUGAGGAUAUCCGCAAGAUACAACUGGAUAUUGACGACGUGGAUCGAGAAAUUAACGAGUGCAAGGGCGCGGAAAACAUGACGUACCUGAUGGAUCUCAAGAAAAAGCGUAAAGACUAUAUUGGUCAACGCCACAAACUAAAAUAUCAAAUCAAGGGUAUUGUUGAAGCGCAGCGAGAUUUUACACGGGAGCAAGAGCUUUCAAGACACCGUGCACGACAGAAAGUGUUUGCUAGCGUGGAUAUCGUCUGUGCUACAUUGAGUGGCAGUGGUAAUGACAUGCUUACGAAUAUGGGACUGAUGUUUGACACGGUCAUUGUGGAUGAAGCUGCCCAGUCGGUUGAAAUCAGCUCCUUGAUUCCAUUAAAGUAUGAUUGCAGACGCUGUAUAUUAGUUGGUGAUCCAAAUCAAUUGCCUCCGACCGUCCUCUCUCAGAUGGCUGCAAGGUACAGCUAUGAGCAGAGCUUAUUCAUGCGGUUACAAAAGGGUGCGCCGGAUGAUGUCUAUUUAUUGAGCAUCCAAUAUCGUAUGCACCCAGAAAUCAGUCGAUUCCCCAGUAAACUGUUUUACAAUUCGAGACUACUGGAUGGACCGGACAUGGAAGCCAAUUCUGCUGCUCCUUGGCAUUCUCAAGAAUACUUUCCACCAUAUCGCUUUUAUAAUGUGGAGGAAGGUAUGGAGAGGACUGGAUCCGGAAAAUCUAUCUACAAUGCUGCAGAGGCAGAGGCUGCUUUAGCGCUUGUGGAUAUGCUGGCGAACCGCCUGCCAAAUAUCAAGUUUGCGUAUAGAAUCGGUAUUAUCACACCAUAUAAACAGCAACUAAGUCAUAUUAAGCAUCGCUUUGAACGACGAUUCGGCCCGAAAAUCCUUGAUGUUAUAGACUUUAAUACGGUGGAUGGUUUUCAAGGUCAAGAGAAAGAUAUAAUCAUCUUUUCCUGCGUACGAGCAAUGUCUGAGCGCGGCAUAGGUUUCUUGGCCGAUAUGCGUCGAAUGAACGUUGGGCUGACUCGUGCCAAGUGCUCGCUCUUUGUGCUUGGGCAUAAGCGAUCUUUAAUGAAAAGCGAGUAUUGGGGUGACCUCGUUAAAGACGCUGUGGAACGCAGAUUAAUACUUGAUAUCCGACCGCCUUAUUUCGACUACCGUGCUAUUACGAAACACGUCCCAUCCAACCUCUUUGAUUUUGAGGCAAAGCCAACCAAAGUUUCCCGCAAACAUCUCCCUCGGUCCAAAGCACAACGGAUCUCUAUACCCAUGAUUGAAGAUUCGAUCAGCGAUGCUUCAUCAACCGGAAAAAGAAGCCGCACGAGCUCUCCUGUCCCAACAGCUCCAGCCCCAUCCCACCAUGAGCAGGCGAUGCCGCGGGUUAACAAGAAAGUUCGGACAUCAUCGUCGGACUCUGAUUCUCGUAGCAUCGCUAGGCCAUCGGUGGUGCCACUCCCAUCGUCUGACAGUAAUUUAUCUAGAAGCGAUUCUGGAUCCUCGGUAGUGCCAACGCCACAUGACACUCGCAGUAUCACCAAAAGCAGUUCUACGUCGUCUGUGCUACCGUUAUCUGACACUCGAAGCAUCGCCAGAAAUGAUCCUCGAUCCUCCGUACUACCUCUGACAGCUCGCAGUUCUCCAUCGCUUUCUGCAAACAUGGACACUAGCAACAGUCAUAGACUUGUUCCUAUGAAACGACCUAUGCCUGCACAACAGCAGCAUCGACAUCAAGGAACUCCUUCUUCUGCUUCACCUUCAGUACGACGACCUGCGAAAAUGACACUUGCUGAAUACCGUUCUGCAAAAGGAUUGCCUUCGGACAACCCUACUGGUUUACGUCCUCCUCCUGAACCAUCUAGUAAUUCUGGUGGUCCAAAUCUAUAUAUUCAAAAGAAAACGUCAUCUGCUCAACAGCCUUUCUAUUCUUCUUCUCAAUCGCAGAUGCCACCAAAGACGACUGGAGAGGCUCAUGAUAUGUUAAAUGCGCGCGAUCGUGUGGCUAUACAGGUAAAAACAAACUUCUUUUCUGUGCUAAUUGUGGAGCACGUCAUUUACUGAGAUCAAUUUAACAGCACCAAGCGGCCAAGGAUG